UAAAUCAUACAAAAAGGUAAUUUAGAGAUGAAGCAACUUUUUUUCACACAAGGCAUCAAAUGAGCAGAUUGGGAAAUACUGGAAGUUUUAGUUCUACAUCAAACAAAGCACAUGUGUUGGAUUCUAUCUGCCUUACACUAUAUCUUCUAACUUCUCUGGUUUAUGGUUCCAGGCAAUGGAUAAGGAGAAUCAGACAUCAGGUUUAUCUUUCCUUCUUUUGGGAUUUCAGAACUCUCGCAUCAUAAAUGAGUUACUCUUUGUUCCAUUGCUCUGGAUAAAUAUUUUGACAUUACUUGGAAACUUUCUUAUAAUCAUAUUAGUGGUUACAGUUCCAGCCUUGAGAUCUCCCAUGUACGUCCUUCUCUCCCAGCUGUCUGUAUCUGAUGUUUUGCUCAGUACCACUAUUACUCCAAAUACCUUGUGGUUAUUACUGAAUGGAGGAGGCACAAUAUCUCUUACUGGUUGUAUCACACAGUUUUAUAUUUAUGGUGUUUCAGCAGGUUCAGAAUGUUUUUUCCUCACAGUCAUGUCCUAUGACCGAUAUCUGGCCAUCUGCUCCCCACUUCAUUAUGUCUCCAUCAUGGAUUUCCGGCUUUGCCUCUAUAUGAGUCUUUGUUCUUGGGGCUUAUCCUUUAUAUUGAAUUUAGUUAUGAUUCUUCUAACAUUUAAUUUGCAGUUCUGUGGCCCAUUUGUUAUAGAUCAUUAUUUCUGUGAUUUUGCCCCUCUUAUUAAACUUUCCUGCACAGAUUAUAAAACUGUGGAACUAACAGAUAUUAUUUUGCUCAUACCUUUUAUACUUUUUCCUUUUUGCUUCAUCAUUUACACUUAUAUUUCCAUUGGCCUUGCCAUUCUCAGGAUCUCCUCUACUGAAGGAAGACACAAAGCCUUCUCCACUUGCAGCUCCCAUUUAAUAGUUGUGUGUAUGUACUAUGGGACUAUGAUAAUAGUUUAUAUGGUACCAUCCAAACAACAUAACUUGAACACGAAGAAAAUGCUGUCCCUUCUAUACACAGUAGGAACUCCAUUUUCCAAUCCAAUAGUAUACAGCCUGAGAAACAAUGAGAUUAAAUUUGCUCUUUGGAAGUUUUCAAAACAGAUCUUUUUACACUGA